AUGGAGCCGGAUAUCAGCCAAUCUGCCACGGCCGCAGAUACAGCAAACACAGCCAGAGUCCCGAAAAAGAGAUUCGUGGGACGGAAGACUGCAGAGGCACAGGCAAGGAAAAGAGCGGAAGAGAAUGGAGCUGUCGAGGACACGAAUGUCGCAGUGCAGAAGGCGCCUGCAAGAAGACUACCCAGACUCCUGAACCAGGUUCCGCCAGACAUCCUCGAGGAUCCUGCUAUCAACGAGGCUGUUGAUCUCCUCCCGUCAAACUACUCGUUCGAAAUCCCUAAAACAAUCCAUCGAAUCCGCUCUUCGAAUGCUAAACGCGUCGCCCUCCAAUUCCCCGAAGGUCUCCUUCUCUUCGCCACCACCAUCUCCGACAUCCUCACCCAGUUCUGUCCGGGAUGCGAGACCCUCAUCAUGGGCGACGUCACCUACGGCGCCUGCUGUAUCGACGACUACACCGCCCGCGCUCUCGGCUGUGACCUGCUAGUCCACUACGCGCACUCGUGCUUGAUCCCCGUCUCCACGACCAAGAUCGCCACCCUUUACAUCUUCGUCGACAUCUCAAUCGACACCUCCCACCUCCUCGCAACCCUGACCCGCAACUUCCCUUCCGGCAAGACCAUAGCCAUGGUCGGGACCAUCCAAUUCAACGCGACCCUGCACAACAUGCGCCAGCCUCUCGAACAAGCCGGCUUCAGCAUCCUCAUCCCGCAAAUCACGCCGCUAAGCAAAGGCGAGAUCCUCGGCUGCACCGCCCCCACCAUCGCCCCGGACGCCCAGGUCGACCUGAUCUUAUACUUAGGCGACGGCCGCUUCCAUCUCGAGUCCGCCAUGAUAGCCAACCCCACCAUGCCCGCCUACCGCUACGAUCCCUACUCCCGCAAACUGACACAAGAGACCUAUUCUCACGAUGAGAUGCUCUCCCUCCGCUCCACCGCCAUCGCCACCGCGCGGAACGCAAAGAAGUGGGGUCUGAUCCUCGGCGCGCUGGGCCGCCAGGGGAACCCGCACACCCUCACGAUGAUCGAGAAUCACCUGGACGCCAGGGGCAUCCCAUUCAUCAACCUGCUCCUGAGCGAGAUCUUCCCCGGGAAGCUAGCACUAUUCGAAGACGUGGAUUGCUGGGUACAGAUCGCAUGCCCGAGAUUGAGCAUUGAUUGGGGGUAUGCGUUUCCAAGGCCGUUGCUGACGCCGUAUGAAGCGUUGGUCGUGCUGGGUGGGCGGUCCGGCUGGGAGGAAAAGGGCGUCUACCCAAUGGACUUCUACGGGAAGGAUGGACUGGGCAGGACGACGGAGAAAGACGUCAAUCCUGGUGGCGUGGGUGUUGGUGUGAAGGGGUGA